AUGGGGCGAUUGCGCGCAGCGGUUGCUGCCAUAUCUGUAAUUUCUGAUAGAAUUUGUAUUGCGUCUGAAGGGAGGGAAAGAAGUGGCAUUUCGGCGCAACAAUUAGUAGAAUGCUGUGAUUAUUGUGGAGGCUGUACAGGAGCCCCAAAUUCCUUCUUCCCCUUUCUCUAUUGGCAUUUGGAAGGAUUAGUUAAUGAUCGUUGCUUCCCUUAUACAAUAGCCAGAGAUUGUGGAGCCCCUUGUCCACCUACCGAAUUUCAAAAUCCCCGUGGCUUAGGCUCAUGUUCUUUGGGCAAAACUAAGUGUGCUGAUGAAUAUUUACAAGCUACAAAUUAUAAAGGUAGUUGA